AUGUGGUCAAUGGGAAUUCUUGUCUGGGAAAUAUUUUCAAACGCAGCUCGACCGUACAGUCAUGUUGCUAAUGAUGGUGUUACGGCUUUGGUCCAAGCUGGAAAGUACCCGGAUAUUCCAAAACUUGCUGGAGAGUUCAUGACGAAAAUCAUGAAACAACUUUUCAAAUUGAAUCCGUCGGAACGGUUGAAUGCUCAAAUGUUUUAUAAUGAGAUUCACACACAUUGCAAAGACAACAAGUACUUGUCCCUUGAAAAACUGACGACAAUCAACAAGAUCGAAGGAGUUCAUCGUGAUCGCCUCGAACAUUGGGAUGGAUAUGUUCCUCACGUUGUCGUUUACGACAAAAAUGGAAAGGAAAAAGAUUGGGAGGAUGCUCCAGCAGAGAUGUUGGCCAAUGUGUUUUGGAGAGAGAAGGCGACCUAA